GCCCCGCCCCCGUCCGCGCCAGCUCCUCAGCAGCACUUUGCUCCCUGGGCUGCUGAGCCGGCCAGUGUCUGAGUUCCGCCGCCUGCCCGCCGGCGCCGCUCCCUCGCCUCCUCCCCUGAUCCCUCCCCCAAUUGCAGUGGUCUGGCAGUGUCUGGCCGGCGGCCCGCGGGCGGGCCGCCCUCCCCGCGGUAGCCCACCCCCCCUCUUAAAGCGGCGGCGGGAAGAUGAGGUUUCGGGAGCCGCUCCUGGGCGGCAGCGCCGCGAUGCCGGGCGCGUCCCUGCAACGGGCCUGCCGCCUGCUCGUGGCUGUCUGCGCGCUGCAUCUUGGCGUCACCCUCGUCUACUACCUGGUCGGCCGCGACCUGAGCCGCCUGCCUCAGCUGGUCGGAGUCCCCACACCGCUGCAGGGCAGCUCUAACGGCGCCGCCGCCAUCGGGCAGCCCUCCGGGGAGUUCCGGCCCCGAGGGGCCGCACCGCCGCCGCCUUUGCGCACCUCUUCCAAGCCUCGUUUGGGUGGCGCCUCCAACCCAGACGCGGACUCUCGCCCCGGCCCCGGCCCCGGGAGCAACUUGACUUCGGCCCCAGUGCCCCCCGCCACAGCACUGUCGCUGCCCGCAUGCCCUGAGGAGUCCCCGCUGCUCGUCGGCCCCAUGCUGAUUGAGUUUAACAUACCUGUGGACCUGAAGCUGGUGGAGGAACGGAACCCGAAGGUGAAGGUGGGUGGUCGCUAUACCCCCGAGGACUGCAUCUCUCCUCACAAGGUGGCCAUCAUCAUUCCUUUCCGCAACCGGCAGGAACACCUCAAGUACUGGCUGUAUUAUUUGCACCCAAUCCUACAGCAUCAGCAGUUGGACUAUGGCGUCUAUGUUAUCAACCAGCAAAGCAAGCUGAAGGAGGACCUCCUCUCUGAUCUGCUUCUUGCUCUCCACCUACUUCCUCUUCUGUGCCCUUCACCUCCUAGAGAGAGAAAGAAAGAGAGGAAUGCCGACCUAACUACUGCUGUGACUGCUGCUGCUGCCACCACUGCUGCCACCCUGGCUGGAGAAUCCAUGUUCAACCGUGCGAAGCUCCUCAACGUUGGCUUUAAAGAGGCCUUGAAGGACUAUGACUACAACUGCUUUGUGUUUAGUGACGUGGACCUCAUUCCAAUGAACGACCAUAACACCUACAGGUGUUUUUCACAGCCACGGCACAUUUCUGUAGCAAUGGAUAAGUUUGGAUUUAGCCUACCUUAUGUGCAGUAUUUUGGAGGUGUCUCUGCUCUAAGUAAACAACAGUUUCUCACCAUCAAUGGAUUUCCUAAUAACUACUGGGGCUGGGGAGGUGAAGAUGAUGACAUUUUUAACAGAUUAGCUUUUAAAGGCAUGUCUGUAUCUCGCCCAAAUGCUGUGAUCGGCAAGUGUCGGAUGAUCCGCCACUCAAGAGACAAGAAAAAUGAACCUAAUCCUCAGAGGUUUGACCGAAUUGCACACACAAAGGAGACAAUGCUCUCGGACGGUUUGAACACACUCACUUACCUGGUGUUGGACGUGCAGAGAUACCCGUUGUAUACCAAAAUCACAGUGGACAUCGGGACACCUAGCUAGCAUUUUGGUGCAUUGAUAAGAGACCUGAAAAUGGCCAGGGACCUCUGCUGUGUGUCUCUGCCAAUCUGCUGGGCUGGUCCCUCUCAUUCUUACCAAUCAGAGUGAUAGACCCUCUCGGCUUAUCAUUCAGACGCCUUUGCAGAUGACCAGGACAAGUGGGAUAUUUUGCCCCCAACUUGGCUUGGCAUGUGACUUCUUAGCCCCACGAGGUGUAUGUAAGCAUAGCAGCUGUCAGCCUUUGGGGGGUUCUCAACAUGUUCACAGUGUCACCCCAAAGAAUCAGAGCUAUACACAGCCCCAAAUUUGGUGACUGUGGGACUCAUUCCCUGCGAAAAACUGCUAAUCUGUUGUGAUAUAGGUAAGAAUUUCGCUUUAAAUUGUGGUAUUAUUACUUUAUGAAAAAUUGGAGAGUGCUGCUGAAA